CCCGCAGCAUGCCAGUAGUGUCAGUGUGUGUCUUUCCUCCGCGGAACUCUUCAACACUUGAGCCCACUCCCUUCCUAGCUAGAAAGUUGCAUCUCCUCGCCGCACGCCGUCUCGUACCGGUCGAAUAAGGUAAGUUGCCAGGUUCGGGACCGUCUGGUCGAUCUUAUUCGCCGGCGAAUCGUCUGCUCACUUACACGACACUUUGACCAAGGCCAACGAGGGCACUCAAGCUAAACGUCUAUGGUGAGGAUGGAAUAUGGCACCGCAGGUUCUGUACAAGGACGGGACUUUCUCAUUUUCUAGGUAGGUACUGUAUACCCUCCUGUCCAACCGUCAGCGCAAUUCUCGGAGAGAUGAUCCUGCUUGUCCACAGCCUUUCGGUCUCCUAGUGAGCCUUUAUCUUAGCGUCACUUCCAUCUGAUGAUGCCAUGUUGUACUAUCCCACCCCAUCCCUAGGCAAGGCCUUUAAUCUUGGGCCCUGCACUUGCCAUGCCAUGUCAUGUCAUGCAGCAAUUCCCCAUCCCCUCGCCCCCUGUGGUGCGUCCGGCCCGCCCACACCACAGACACCAAACUCCGGCCCCAGGAAAUCCAAAUCUCACCUCCACCAACCCAACCCACUCACCAUUGUUACUUAUUCCAUCCUUACCCGGCGUUCAUAGAUUCCCUCUUUUCUCUCGCGAUUUCUAACCAUAUAUUCUACUUAAUAGCGAUCUUGCAUCGAGCCUUGUCUUCUCAUUCGAUACUUGAUUAAAUCUUGCCUAGCGCAUACGUAGUUUCAUGGCUUGCUUGUGAUUGUCAUCAACGACUGAGACAACUAUUUCCGCGGACGCCUACCCGGCUCAACUUCAUCCACUCUUCCUCAUCACGCCUAUCAUUGAUACUCAGCCAUCAUCGUCAACCAUGGAUGUUCUACCUACCCCUACACCAACAUCCUUACGAGAAUCACACGCCAAAAAGGAGCUCAGCUUUCCUCCGAGUCCAGCAACGACAGUAAGAGAGGGUCAGUCUUAUAGCGUCGACGGCGGAUCGGACUGCUCGAUAUCAGGAUGCUUGUUAGACGAGGUCAUCGUCGAGGGCCCUCGCACAUAUCCCCUACCUCCCAAGUCUAGAGUCAACAAGGUCCUCACUGAAGACCUCAAGACACCCGACAGUCAUGUCACCCGAGAUCCCCGACUAAUACGCCUAACGGGGCUUCACCCCUUCAACGUCGAGGCCCCUCUCAGCGAGUUGUACGACGAAGGUUUCAUCACUACAAAAGACUUGCACUAUGUACGCAACCACGGCCCAGUGCCAAAAGUCGAGGACGAAGACAUGUUUGACUGGGAGUUCACCGUCGAGGGCCUGGUCGAGAACCCUAUCAAGAUGACACUGAGGGACCUCAUCUCAGACUACGAGCAGAUCACCUACCCCGUCACUCUCGUAUGUGCUGGAAACCGCCGGAAAGAACAGAACAUGGUUAGAAAGUCAAAGGGCUUCUCAUGGGGCGCCGCCGGUCUGUCAACAGCCAUCUGGACCGGUGUCUCGAUAGGCGACCUGCUCGCCAAGGCGAUGCCCAAGAGGGGCGCCAAAUACGUCUGUUUCGAGGGCGCCGACAAAUUACCCAACGGAUACUAUGGAACGAGCAUCAAGCUCAACUGGUGUAUGGAUCCUAACCGCGGCGUGACCGUCUGUUACCGCAUGAACGGCGAGUUGCUGCACCCCGACCACGGGAAGCCCGUACGCAUCAUCAUCCCCGGGCAGAUCGGCGGCAGAAGCGUAAAGUGGCUCAAGAAGAUAAUCGUGACCAAGGAGCCGAGCGACAACUGGUACCACAUUUAUGACAACCGCGUGCUUCCAACUAUGGUGUCGCCAGACGCCAGCGCUGACCUUCCCGAAGUGUGGAAAGAUGAACGUUAUGCCAUCUACGACCUCAACACGAACAGCGCCACAUGCUACCCUGCGCACGACGAGGUUCUGUCAUUGAACAGCGGGCCAGAGUCCUACAAGGUCCGCGGGUAUGCGUACGGCGGCGGCGGUCGACGCAUCACCAGAGUAGAAAUAACCCUGGACCGUGGCAAGACGUGGCUCCUCGCCAACAUCAACUACCCCGAAGACGCAUACCGACUCGCUCCCGAAGGCGAGACCCUCUACGGCGGCCGCGUGGACAUGGAUUGGAGAGAGAGCUGCUUCUGCUGGUGCUUCUGGGACUUGGACAUUCCCGUAGUCCAGCUCGCAGAUGCAGCGGACGUAAUGGUCCGCGCCAUGGACGAGGGCAUGAUGGUGCAACCGAGAGACAUGUACUGGAGUGUUCUGGGCAUGAUGAACAACCCGUGGUUCAGAAUUGUCAUCCAUAAAGAGAGCCAUAGCCUACGUUUCGAGCACCCCACUCAGCCGGCCCUCAUGCCGGGCGGAUGGAUGGACCGCGUCAAGAAGGCCGGAGGAAACCUGGCCAACGGAUUCUGGGGCGAGAAGGUUGAGGGUGAAGCUGAGAAUUCCGCCGAGCUGGAGCCCAUCAAGGAAAUCUGCAUGACCAAGGAUACUGUCAAGCGGACCAUCUCCAUCGACGAGCUACGCCAGCAUGAGGGCGAAGAGGAGCCUUGGUUUGUCGUCAACAACGAGGUGUACGACGGCACUCCUUUCUUGGAAGGCCAUCCGGGAGGUGCGGCAUCCAUCUUUGGAGCAGCCGCACAGGACGUAUCAGAAGAGUUCCUGACCAUUCACAGCGAAAAUGCCAAGGCCAUGAUGCCCCAGUAUCACAUCGGCACCCUCGACUCAGCAGCCCAAAAGAUCCUAAGCGCAGGCGAGGUCGUGGUAGAAGACUCCAAAGCCUCCCCCCGCGCCGUCUUCCUCCAGUCAAAGACCUGGACAAAGGGCAUCCUCUCGAAAAAGACCAAAAUCUCCUCCGACACCAAGAUCUUCACCUUCACCCUCGAACACGCCGACCAAAUCGCCGGCCUGCCCGUCGGCCAGCACCUCAUGAUGCGCCUCCGCGACCCCGUCACCCGCGAGGCCAUCAUCCGCGCCUACACCCCGAUAUCAGAGGGCACCGAACGGGGUCAGCUCCACGUCCUCGUCAAGAUCUACUACGACGCCCCCGGCGGCCAGCCCGGCGGCAAGAUGACUCAGGCCCUCGACGCCAUCCCCGUCGGCCACUUUGUCGACUUCAAGGGCCCCAUUGGCAAAUUCGAAUACCUCGGCAAGGGGCUGUGCUCCAUCUCCGGGAAACAACGCACAGUAAAGCGCUUCGUCAUGAUCUGCGCGGGCUCCGGCAUAACGCCAAUCUUCCAGGUCCUCCGCGCCGUUCUCAAGGACGAAGCGGACCCGACGACGUGCCUGGUCCUCGACGGCAACCGCGUCGAGGAGGACAUCCUCUGCCGCGCGGAGCUCGACGACAUGGCCGCCACCGCCGGCCCGGACAAGUGUCGGCUGGUGUACUCGCUCACCAAACCUGGGCCGGAGUGGACGGGACUGAAGGGUCGCAUGGACGGCGCCUUUUUCGAAAGGGAAGUCGGCAGGUGCGGCGGUGGUGGCGGCGACGAGCUCGUCCUCGUCUGCGGGCCGGAGCCGUUGGAGAAGGGGGUGCGCGCCAGCCUUGCUAGCCUCGGAUGGAAGGAAGACGAUCUGUUGUUCUUCUAGGCAACAUCUGGGGAGUAGGGUAGCCAACCUUCAUCGAAAGAUGCGUCAAAGUGACCCGGGCCGACGGAGCUCGGAAGUUCGGCACAGGUCCCCUGGUCAGCAGACAAGAGCCGCCACCGCGCCGGGCCGCACUUGGAUGGGGUGUGGGUGGAGUUUGUAUCAACGACAAGCAUCCAUACUAAAAGAGAAAAAGGUGCAACAGAAUUAAGCAUCUCCGGGGAGGAAAACCGUAAUUCUGCUCUGAACUUCCUCUAGUUUGGGACGGGACGAAGUUGGAAGACUGGCAUCUACGUUUUUGCUCAUCAGCGGGGGUCUAUUUGUUUUUAACAGCGUAUUUUGGGCAUCUCCGCGGAGAGAAGGGGACGAUAUGCAUCCACCCCCAGAUCUCGCUUGCACUUACACGCGCGACAUGGGUUGAUGUGGGUGCGAACAGGAGGCAGAUAUAUACCACUCUUAGCGAUACAAAUACUGAAAUGAUCAUAAUGUUUUCUGC